AUGCUUCCUCUCGCGCCGUUGGCGUUCCCGAGCGCGUGCGCGGUGGUCAGGCCGCGCGGGAUCGGCGCCGCGUGCGUCGCGGUGGACGAGUCCGCGGCGAUACGGCGCAUGGAGGCGACGAUAGAGGCGCAGGUGCGUCCGCCGUUCGCGCCCGCGGUCUCGACGAAACAUCCAUCGACGCGUCCGUUCCGUUCCCCUCACGCCUCUCCCCCGCUCCGUCGUCGUCGUCGUCGUCGUCGCGCGCAGAGGAACAUGAUACGCCAAGCGCUCGCGGACACGGUCCCGCUCGGGCAGAAGACCGUCAGGGGGACGCUCACGGACAUGAUGCACGACGGCGACGGGCACGAAGUCGAGGAGGACGACGGCGACGACGGCGACGGCAGCGGCACGGACGACGGCAUGAGCGAGAGCGACGGCGGGGAGGACGACGCCGGAGACUUCGAGUAG